AUGUCCACUCCAGUAACAUCCUCCUCACUGCCAUGCCCCAGUUCCAUGGAGAUGAUAUUUGGCAGGAAUAAGAAAGAACAGCUGGAGCCAGUAUCAGCCAGAGUGACAGUUUAUCUUUUAACAGGCACGAUUCCAGCAUGGCUGCAGGGGACCCUGCUUCGAAAUGGGCCUGGGAUGCACACAGUGGGGGACAGCAAAUACAACCAUUGGUUUGAUGGCCUGGCCCUUCUCCACAGCUUCUCCAUCAGAGAUGGGGAGGUCUUCUACAGGAGCAAAUACUUGCAGAGCGACACCUACUGCACCAACAUCGAGGCCAACAGAAUCGUGGUGUCCGAGUUCGGAACGAUGGCCUACCCAGACCCCUGCAAAAACAUCUUCUCCAAAGCUUUCUCCUACUUGUCCCACACCAUCCCCGAUUUCACGGACAACUGCCUGAUCAAUAUCAUGAAGUGUGGAGAUGACUUCUACGCCACCACAGAGACCAACUACAUCAGGAAAAUCAACCCCCAGACUCUCGAGACCCUGGAGAAGGUCGAUUACCGGAAGUAUGUGGCUGUAAACCUGGCAACCUCACACCCUCAUUAUGAUGCAGCUGGAAAUGUUCUUAACAUGGGCACAUCCAUUGUGGACAAAGGACGGACAAAAUAUGUAAUAUUCAAGAUCCCUGCCGCAGCACCAGGCACCAAGAAGAAAGGGAAGAGCCCCUUGAAGCACAUGGAAGUAUUCUGCUCCAUCCCCGCUCGCUCGCUCCUCCCCAGCUACUAUCACAGCUUUGGCGUCACAGAGAACUAUGUGAUAUUUCUGGAGCAGCCUUUUAAGUUGGACAUCCUCAAGAUGGCCACCGCAUAUGUGCGGGGGGUGAGCUGGGCUUCCUGCAUGUCAUUCUACGGGGAGGACAAGACUUACAUUCAUAUCAUUGACCAGAGGACCAGAAAGCCUGUGCCAACCAAGUUCUACACGGACCCCAUGGUGGUCUUCCAUCAUGUCAACGCCUAUGAGGAGGACGGCUGUGUCCUGUUUGACGUCAUCGCCUACGAGGACAGCAGCCUCUAUCAGCUCUUCUACCUGGCCAACCUGAACCAGAACUUUGCGGAGAAUUGCAAGAUGACCUCAGUGCCCACCCUCAGGAGGUUUGCUGUGCCCCUCCAUGUGGACAAGAAUGCAGAAGUGGGCUCAAAUUUAAUCAAAGUGGCAUCUACAAGAGCAACAGCCCUGAAGGAGAAAGACAGCCAUGUUUACUGCCAGCCUGAGGUCCUCUAUGAAGGCCUAGAGCUCCCUCGGAUAAAUUAUGCUCACAACGGGAAGCCAUAUCGCUACGUCUUUGCUGCUGAAGUUCAGUGGAGUCCAAUCCCAACCAAGAUACUGAAAUAUGACAUUCUCACAAAGUCCUCCUUAAAGUGGGGUGAGGAGUGCUGCUGGCCGGCGGAACCCCUGUUCGUACCCACGCCAGGUGCCAAGGAUGAGGACGAUGGAGUCAUCUUAUCGGCCAUUGUCUCUACCGACCCCCAAAAGUCGCCUUUUUUACUUAUUCUGGAUGCCAAGAAUUUUACGGAAUUGGCUCGUGCCUCUGUUGAUGCCGACAUGCACCUAGACCUGCAUGGCUUAUUUAUCCCGGACACAGACCGGAGUACAGUGAAGCAGACCCCUGCCGAGACUCAGGAGGAUGAAAAUUCAGAUGCCCCUCACCCCACAGGCCUAACGGCAGGAUUGGGCCACAAGAAGAGAGACUUCACUGGUGGGACCUGGGGACAGUAAGUGUGAUUGUUGACACUGUCGACUUGACAGCGUCUUAGGAUCUCUUAGGAAACAAACUUCUAGGCCUGUCUGUGGAAGAGUUUCCAUACUGGGUUAAUGGGGCAAGGAAGAUCCUUGAAUGUGGGCAGCACCAUCUCAUAAACUGAGGUCUGGACUGAAUGAAAAGGAAAAGGCCAGCUGGACACCAGCAUCCAUCUGCUUCCUGGCUGCGGAUGCAGCUCAACCAGCGGCCUCCUGACAUCACGUUUCCUCUCCGUGAUCGACUGGACCUGCACCCGAGAGCCAAACUAACCCUCUCUUCCUCACGCAGCGUCUGUCAGGUACCUCAUCCCGGCAAUGGGACAGUGCGUAAGCUUGCACCUCUCUCUGGGUGGAGGUGGCCAGGCGCUUCAUCUUGCUGUUAUUUUUUGUGCACAUACCGAAAUAAUUCACAAAGACAGCUCUGG